AUGCUCGCGCGCAAGUAUCGCAAUCCGUGGCCAACCGAGAGCGAUUUUUCACGAGAUAGUAGCAGUCGCAAUUUGCCUCGGGCAGACAGCGAGAGCUUAAUAUCAGCCUUUACAGCAGAAUCUGCUGCACCGACUACUGCGGGAGCUUGUUCGAGUGCCACUAGCAGCAACAAUAGUGUGGUGGGGCUUAAUGGUCCCAAGGGCUACACACGGGAAGAGCUUGUGAAUUUCUGGAGUGAGCUGUCACUUGUGGCGAAGCGACGGCUCCUUCGGAUCCGUCGGGAGACGUACUUGACGGCGCUGGAUCAGUUUCUCGUUGGCAAAAACUUGUGCUGCGAGUGUCACGAUAACAUCGUCGCAGAGUGGGAAGACCACGAGCAAAAGCGCUCAGGCAGUCGCUCUUUGCAGGACGUGUUCAGCGUCUUCCCGCCCUUUUUAGAUGACGAAGAUGAGGACGAUGAAGGAGAAGACGACGAGGAGAUUGAUGAUGAAGAGACAGGUAGGCUAGAAGAUGACUUGGAAGAUGAUAUGCUCGCAGCAGAGGAUAUCAUGCUAGGCGACGAGGAACUGGUGUUUAAAUAUGAGCUGGAACGCGAAAGUAGGCAGAAUGCCUGCGGCAAGGGCAGCGUCGUAUCGAACGAGUACUUGGCAGCGCUGGAAGUCGGCAAGCGACAAGAAGAUGAGCUCAUGCGACUGAUACAGAAAGAGGAACGCUAUAUCAUUAUCCGAGAGGACCACACGGAGUUCAUCAUGGAUCUGAUCCGCUGUGGCGAACAGUUUAGCUACGCGUCAACCUUCCGUUCCGGGUUCGAUGACGAUGAUAGCAAAGACAGCGACAACGAAGACGACGUUGAUGACACAUGCCCGGGUGCAAACACUUCACACUUGGCUCAGGAAUAUAUCCUGGAAGUACUGGCUAUCAAGUUCCGAGAACAGCUGGAAGACGCGUAUCAAGAAGCACUGCAGCACUCGCUUGCGAUCCAAGCCGAACUGCUUCAAGACGAGCUUGCAGACCUCAAGGCGAGUCAAAAACCUUCCACCAGCAGCCGGAAGAAGAAGAACAAGAAGGAGAAGAAGCGCCGCAAGAAAGAGGCUGCAGCAGCAGCAGCACAGAGGGUGCCGGAGAUGGAGCAUCCUCGAGAUGCAAGGACCUCAGCACUUACGCCUGGGCCACUUGCUCCCAGGCCUGCUGCAGUAAUGGCCCUGCAGCAGCAACAUCCGCCGACGGAACCGCGUGAUCCGGACGGGGACGAAGUCGACCGCGAGGUGGAACAGUUUCGUCAAUUGCUGGAGAGAAUCAACACUGGGAGUGCCUCGCGUGCUCGGAAGAAGCUCGUGUUGCCUCCAGGUUCGUUCCUUCACCCGUCGUCAAUGACUGUCUUGUAG